AUCUAAAAAUGCAUGUACAAUUACAACCUCCCCAGGAUUUUGCUUGUCAAAACUUUUUUCUGAUAAUCUUGAUUGAAGAACAAGGGUUUUCUUGUCCUGAGUAUUAUCAUUAUGCCUCUAUAAGUACAACUUGAACUAUUUGUUGCAGUUGUACUGACUCCUCCGCCCAUCGACUUGCUAGCCCGUAUCAAGAAGGAAGACAAAAUGCCGCAUAAGAUGUUGCGCUCCUACGUUUUUCUCGCCUGCUUGGCGGGUGUUCCAGUCGUGCAUGCGUAUGGCUCCUGGCUUUUGUAAUUCAAAAGCGACUACUACUAAACUGUCAUUGAUCUCUAUGUCACAAUAGAAGAUCAGUUACUUCUCCAGACCACAGCACCCUCCUGAUUUGCAUUAAUGUUUCCCUCUUUGUGUCACGCCUCACGUGUCUUAUCAAUAAUCUUUUCGUAGUUGCAUAUUAUAUGAAGGCUGAAUAAGUGAGAAAUCGGUAGAAGUAAGGACGACAUAAACAAGUAGUGCUCACCUUGUAGCUUGAAAGAACUUGAUCCUGGUUUCGUGUUGUAGUCCCACAAGUCUCUUUCCACAAAGUGAAUGCGAAUGACUCUGCAAAGUUCGCGAUCGUAUUGAAGAAAGUACCUCGAGAAUGAUUGGAAGGAGGACAAAGGACGAGUGGAAUCAAAUGAGCUUGAACCACAGAAGCCGUUCUUUCCUGAACGCAUUGAUCCUGACACUCCACAGAGGCAGGAAGAAACCUUUGAGCAUUCUCUUGCCAAACCCAAUGUAGUUUUUGGCUUACAGCUAUUGACUUUCGACCGUGAGGUCGUGCUUUGACUUGAAGACCAAGAGGUCUGUUACUUUGAAUCCUCCGCUACCCAUUGUGUUCACCAAGAUCUUUCAAUGGUAGCGGAGGGUGGUUUAACUCAGUUUUCAGUUAAUACUAGAAACAACUUAGCUGGUUGAAUAAAAGAUCCACUGCAUGACUUUGACUUCCUAACCUCUUUUAUUGCUAUCAUUGAAAUACUUUCCUUGUAAGAUCAGCAUCGGAUGGACCAUGCCGGCACGUCUUCCCAGAGUGGAGGGAACGGAUUUCGUGGAUCAUCGGCAGCAGCUGAGUUACAAGGACACCAGAGUAGUCUCGCUUAGACUACCACUCAAAUUCUGGGAGACAGUCGACAUCUCCUCUCUGGAAAACUCUUCUCUGAAGAAGAAAGACUUCAUAAAAACUUCAUCUCUUAACGAACCCGAAAUAGUAGCAAUUUCUUAUUACGACAGCGCGUCUCGCUACAAACAUCAUAUCCAUCUCCAACUUCUAGAACAUCUGGACACUCUUCUUUCCUGGAGCGAGCUUCGGCAGACGGUUGCUCGCUUUCACAACGGAUCAAACGUCUAUAGGAGGCAGACUUCAGCGGCGUCCAUCUUGGAGCUCUACUUCUACCACGACGCAGAAGAGUUGUGGAAAGAAGACCUAGCACUCUCAACUGCGGACUAGUGACAUCUAAAAUGUCCUAUGCAGAUCUGACCGACCUCAGUGCAAGUUUUCUUCAAUCUAGAGCCGUGCAGUUAGUGGAAUCCCAGCAGACGAAUAUUGCCGAUCAGUAUUGUAGGGGAGGUUUUGCUGAACAUCCUAUCGGUGGAACAACUCCUUGCAUACUAGAUUCCCCAAGCAAGUUCUUCCACGCCCUGAAGGUAUUUGGCCUUGAUUUGGUAUAUCCUGGUCGGGAGGGACAGCCAGGAGAUAAGAACACUUCUGGUAGAAUCGUCAUACAUAGAGACAGUGGAGCUCUCAACCUCUGUUGUCCACUGAUUAGAGACCCACGGCUGCCACAAGAGCACGCCACCGAAGACAACGCAAAAGAAUUCAAGCACGAACUUACCACUAUUGAGGGCGAGGCCCGUAGACUGCGCGACUUUGUUAAGUUUUUCUUAGCAGGAGACGAACUCGCAUUACAAUUCACUACUGCUCUGUUGAUAGUUGAAAAGACUUCCAAACCGUGGAAUUACCCUGCUCCCUAAGGUUGUGGCCCUCACCUCAUAUCACAACGCCGUCUGGUAGCGGAAAGCGUAGCAGUACCCCUGCCCCACGUGCAAUGCAUCGCGACACAAAAGAGGAGAGCCAUCAAGGUUUGUUGGAGGUCCGUGGAGAUGGUGAAGAAUCCCCAGGAGGUGAGUCUAUCUCUACCCCAUCGGAAGAGGAGCUUUACUAUGCCAAUGAGGAUGAAGAAUCCUCUUCCAACUCCGAGUCGCCUGCUUACAAGAACGAUGGAGUCACUCCGACUACUCUUACCAAGGUUUCAGACCUUGAUAAGGGUCCCCACUCUGGCAAUGAAGUCACUGGAGAAGUGGACCUUGCGGUUGAACCCAAGGCUCUGCACUCCGGGGACGUCGGCGCUGGGUCGGGAAGCGUUGCCGUGACGAGCACUGACUUGAUCGACAUCCACUCCUUCAUCAACACCUGCGCCGAAAACAUCACGUCCGGCGCCUGCUUUAGCACUGAUGAAGAGGAACAAGAAGGUCGCGAGACUUGGACCUACUCAAAAGAAGUAACCACCUCCGUCAAGUUGUUUCCCAAUGUGCUAGGUGGCAUUCAGAAUUCUGGAGUGCAGACAUCCCAGGUCACAGACCAAGCUUCAAGCGGAAACUCUGACGCAACGGAGGAUGUGACUGCUUCUAACAUGAUGAAGGGACAUAACGAACUUGAGCCAGCCGGGGUGUCUCCGGACACGCAGCGCCGUCUCAAUCAAGUCCGUCGCAAAGAACUGGAGGAUCAAGCACGUGCCUACGACGAAAAGGCUCUGUACUCACUCAUGAUUUACGCCUCUCUAGACGGGUUACAGGAAGCUCGCUGCUUCUUGGAAAAUCAUGGUCCUCUGGGGUGUACGGUGAGUCGAAUCUUCCGUCAAGCUCCAAAGAUCAUCACCAACUUGGUUGCUACUAGCAAGAAGGCCAUCUUUUUGACUGGAGAGAAAAAGCAGGACAAAAGCGUUUCAAUUCUGGACGUGGAGAUCGAAGAUCUCAAGGGUUACUUCGAACAAAUGCAAUGCUCAUUCCAUGCUCUACAAGAUCUCAUCUACGAUUUCAAGCAGCGACUCCAACGAGAUGGACACAAUGAAAACUACUCGCUGCCGCGUCGAGAUCUGACACGUAUCCGGAUGAAUCUGCGCCAACCAUAUACGCCUUCGGAGCGUAUGUUCCGCAAGGCGUACGACGAAGCUGACAAUUUGCGCAGUGCGACCAUCAACCUCUACAACCUGAUCGGAUUUGGCAAGGACAAGCUGAAGUUGCCCAAUGCAACGACAGAGCAGGUCUCUAACUCUCCAGGUGUGCGUAGAGAGUGCGACGAGGUUCUGGGUUGGAUCGACGAUUGUGCGAUGCGCAAGUCUAUCGGGCACCGUCUUCAGCUGGUCGCCAAGAUGUACACGAGCAACGUGGAGGGAAUCUUCACAACCAAGGGACUUCGACCACUGGAUCUGGAGAACUAGAAAGUGGAAAAGGAGACUAAGCCAUAAUUAUAGGCUUCACGAACUUUAUCUCUUACAUAGUGCAUUAAAAAGGAUCAACUGUGCAAGAUUCUCAUAAAGCUCUCCCUCAUCGGUUUCUGUAGUCAUAAGAGAUCUCCAAGCUUUAAUUGCAGUGUCCGGCCGUUUAAAAAUUUAUCAAAAGACUUUCUACCUAUUCUUAGAGCUAACAGAUAUUAUAAGUGCCUGACGUGCGAGCUGUGCACUCCAAUCCUUUUCUGUUUGGCUCAUUAUUUCCAUAGCGUCAGAAUAUAGCGCACUACUUUCGUUCCAUUCAGUGAACAUCUUCGUGAAAAUGACGCAGAAAAACAGAUCGUUGAAGACUACGGUAAGCCCCUAGCUGUGGCUGUCAAGGGAAGCAUCAAAUUCCACGAGGUCAGGGAACUGCAGCCAAAACUUGAGGCCGGCCACGUUCUUGUACUCCGUUUCAGACCGGUUGCGGAUGCCUCAAUUGAAUCACAGCACAGCGGCGCUCUCCUUCUCUCCAGGUUGCCACCGGAUGUGCGGAAACGUUUUGAAAGUUGUGAGAAGGUAACAGAUGUCGACGAGUCCUUUCUCAUCCGGUGUGGUCUUGAGAAGGCAAUGGAGGCGGCGACUCGAAAGGAGUUGGAAGGAAUCUGCAAGACAGUCCAACGUACAGGCAAAACUGUUGCCAAGAUCUACGAAGAAGGUGACGAGUAUGACACAAAGUUGAAUCAACUUCGCACAAGAGGGAUCUGGGACCUGAAGAAAAGCUCCCAACAUCUAGGGAAGGUAGCUUUCCGGCUGGUGUGCGACGGGUCCUCGGUGAAACUAUCACCAGGGGCGGAUGCAUCUUCUUCCGUGGUUUCACAAGGAGACACUCGCCUGGCAGCUAGCAGUGCUGGUUGCUUUGGGGAACCAGUUGCAGUUAUUGUAGAUGUGCCGCGUGCUUUCAACCAGAAUGAUGAACUAGCUCCCACCGGAAGAAGAAGACUUAGAUUUCCGAUGAAUCUCAGAGCCAACUUCACGUUUACGGUUGCUGCUGAGUUCAAUUUCUUUCCAACCUCCACAGGUCUUUUCUCUCUUUUCCACUAUGGUGAUUCGUGUGGAUCUCUAGGGUUUUAUCGAACAGUAGAGGCAGAACUGAAAGCAAGAGGAUACACCUCAUCUCCUCUUGCGCCUGCCCUUUUCUUUCUCCAAGGAGGAACUGUCAAAGCGAGCAAGCACAUUGCGGGUGCCCACUUAGAAGGUAGUCAAGAUCUCCAAGAUGCCUGUGAUAGGUGGCACUGUGAAAAUUCUGCGCCGGGAAAAUCCCCCGCUGUCAAGAGCUAUAAAGUAGAGCAAAUACUACCUAGGAAGAAUACUCCUUACGUGGUUCUACCCACCACAGUGGACGACUUCAUCCUUCUAGUCGAGCGUAGAUUCGCAGGUGCCAUCGUCGGGUCACUUCUGGAGCGCUUUGGAAUUGCUGAUUACGGAACAGGAGAAGGUAUCUACGCCGGAAAGCGCAUCAAGCACUUGCUUCCAAGACGAUGCUUCGAGUUCUCAGUGGCCCACAAGUUCGCCGAUGGUCUCAGGGACUUAAAGACGGCAGGUCUGCAGAUGGAGGAACCGCUCACACCAGAGCAGAUCACCAACAUCCUGGGAGUCCGCGGGGAGCUUGGUUUCAGUGUGAAUGCUUGCAAACCCGACCUGCUAUAUGCUUUUAGGGAGGUGAGCCAAGGAUCUCUAGUCACAGCAACUCAGGAGCAUGCUAAGUCUGUCAAGGUGGCCAUCGACCGAGCACGGACACAGAAAGACGUGGCUCUGUGCAUCUACUAUGAUAACAAGGAUUGGGCUCUAGUGGUCAUCACUGACGCAUCCUUUCGAGGGUCUAUUGGACCUAGAACAGUUACAGACCCGGCUUUGCUGAGUGAGAUGGAAAAGGUUAAGAAUACUACUGAGCUGUCAGAAGUAGAGAAGGAAGACAAGCCUGCUGAGCUUAGCAGGGAACGUCAGGCAAAGAUAAUGCCUUUGGUCGCGUGUUUGGUGCUAUUGGUCGACGUUGGCCACCCACUUGAGGAAGGCUACAACGCAACCCUGAUAGAUUGGCAGCUACAGCAAUCUGCCGCCGUUUGCUCAUCCAGUUUCAGUGCCGAGGCUGAGAGUGGUGCACAGCAUAUUCCAGUAGGAUCCUUUCGUCGUGAGGUCUUUGCACACCUGGGCCAGAGCCGGAGAAUGGCUUGGGGUUCGGACAACGACGGAUUGAUAAAGAGAAUCAGCAAGAGGUCGUCGGUGGAACCAACUAGAGACUUCCAGAGUGUUUGUCUCAUCAAGCAAGAUCGUGAGCGGGAAGACCUGGGUACUGGUUUCAUCACAGACGUUGCGAACCCGUGUGACACAGCUACAAAGAAGAUUGCCUUUGACAGCGAGAAGCGCAAGGCACUAAUUGCAUUAAUGCAGGAUGGUUUUUGGAAGACGAAACUCAAGGGCGACAAGAAGAGCAAGGGUGCAGAUGGGGUAAAGUUCUAUUGGCGAGAAUAUGACUGGGAAAAGGACAGCUGAUCUCUCUGCCUCCUCUAUAGGAUUGUGGAAGAUUCUGGGUUUCUCUUUCCUGACAUCCGAACCUCCAGAGGGAUGCGGCUAAGCAGGACGGAUACACUUUGAGGAAUACUUGACAAAAUUGAAGACUGACCAUGAAGCAGAUGACAUCCCAAGCUAGUAGUCCUUAACAUCAGUAACAGUUUGACUGAACAUCUUACCAUCAGAAAUCAUGGUCUAAAUACCAGUACGAGUAGAGUCAUUUUCUUCGAUCGGUUAUCAAGAAUGCCACUACUACAAAAUCAAUAACUAGGAUAGAAGCCCCUCACUUUCCAGACCAUCUUUUCCUCCCAGCAACUUUCUUAAGAUAAUUUCUCUUCUAAUAGUAAUUUGCAAACUCGUAGAAUUCAAGAGCUUACUUUUAACUUCACGGACUAAACAAAACCUACUAGUACGCUCCCACAUAUCUUAUUGGAGUCUUACCUAUACUUCUAAGUAUUUUUAUCACCCCGGGGCAUUGAAGGUUGAAUAAGUGAGAAAUCGGUAGAAGUAAGGACGACAUAAACAAGUAGUGCUCGCCUUGUAGUUUGAAAGAACUUGGUCCUGGUUUCGUGUUGUAGUCCCACAAGUCUCUUUCCACAAAGUGAAUACGAAUGACUCUGCAAAGUUCAUGAUCGUAUUGAAGAAAGUACCUCGAGAAUGAUUGGAAGGAGGACAAAGGACGAGUGGAAUCAAAUGAGCUUGAACCACAGAAGCCAUUCUUUCCUGAACGCAUUGAUCCUGACACUCCACAGAGGCAGGAAGAAACCUUUGAGCGUUCUCUUGUCAAACCCAAUGUAGUUUUUGACUUACAGCUAUUGACUUUCGACCGUGAGGUCGUGCUUUGACUUGAAGACCAAGAGGUCUGUUACUUUGAAUCCUCCGCUACCCAUUGUGUUCCCCAAGAUCUUUCAUAUAGUUAAAAAGAAAAAAUAUAAUCUUCUUCCCUUUGGUCUACAACUCAACAACCCUAAACCCUGCUCGUUGCAACUCCUACUUUCAUUUCUCACGCGCCGCGGCCGCCGUUGCCACAGCUCCUGCAGAACCUGAUCCGCAACCUGUCCAGAAGUCGCUUGAAGAUGACUCUAAAAGCGAAUCUGGAUCUUCUGACGUUUCCGAAGAACACAGUACCACUACAGCAGACCAGGAGGACCAUGAUAUGGAAGAUCAGAAUGAGCAAGCGUUUGAAGAAGUGUCUUUUCGAGACUUGCAAGAGCAAAAAAAACGAGUCGGCCCGGGGCAAGUGGAGCUGCCUUUAUCCUUCAAAGACACUCCACUGGGAAGCAUCAAGGAGCAGGGAAAUUAUACGAGAAGAGGAUCAUCUUCGAGAAGAACUACAACGGGACGAGGACCUCGACCAGGAGGAGAUAAGAGUGCGACUGGCGCUGCAACGACUUCUGCAAAUAGAAGUAGUAGUCGAGAUGAAAGAGAUCCUCUUCAACAAAGUACAUGCAGAAGUACGAAAGAAGCUAUGACUGAAUUCCUGAAAUCAUUACCCGCUUGUGCGGAAGCUGGUCGCGAUGGUGCGGAGAGACGCAGUGGCAGUAGAAAUAGCCGACUUUUACUUGGUGGUCGUGACAAAAAUCAUCAACGUCAACCUCAACAUCAAUACGCGCUGGGGCACUUAUCAAGCCGACAACGCGGCAGAGGUCAGCUCCAUCGAGAUGAUCUGUUAGCAGAUGCGACUCCAUCCUCCUAUGGAGGUAAUAGUCGACUGAGGGGACGAACACCGAGGAGUAAUUAUGGUCUGCUGGGUCUUUGAUGCUUCAUCUUGGCUCCUCUUCUGUAGAAGUCUUGUUCUACAACUUUUUCAAAUAAAGAAGGAAAAUUUUUAUAGACUCAUUGAUUGUGGUAAUCACGACCAUCAAGUCGUUUCUGCGUACCUCCUAGUAUCUCUUCUAAGACAAGCAGCUCGCCGAGAACCGUGAUAGCUUUCUCAAGAAACUGGAAGACGAGAGGCGGCAGCGUAGGGGAAACAGUCUUGUCCGAACAGAGGAGCGCUAUGGAGGUUUUGUCACUGCUAAAGAAUUUGAGGAUACGACAGACGGUGGCAUAAGCAAAGACCUAGCGGAUGUUAUUGAGACAACGUAUAUUCUGUUACAACUCUAGUUGUUGUAGUCCUCAAAAGAACGAGCUUUGCCGCUCGCCGCCCCAGAGACUUGAUGGGAGUCCUCACUACAACUUCACUCCAUAGAAAUACUGAUCUUCUUAGAAAGUCCUAGGCAUAGGCUCGUCUUUACAUUAACAACCUGCUAAAAAUCUCAGAUUUUCCUCAGCUGGUGCCACGGUAGGAGGUGCAAACUCAGCAAACCGCGGAAGAAAUACGCGAGCCGCAAGCGAGGCUCCAAUGAGUAUGGCUAGUUUCUCAACACUACCAUGAUUUUUUUCUUCACGACAACGACAAGAAGAAUGAGCGCGUGCUGGCGGAGAAACAUUUAAAGUGAUUAUUUUUUCACUCAAGAAGUUGAAAUGAUCAACCACCAGCAUGACCCGCGUUUUAUUGACCAUUCAUCAUUAUUCUAAGUUGAGCCACAGCACUUCUGACCGCCAAGAACCCAGUGUGGAUGCCGAUCUAUUGAAGAAUUUUGCGGAGAUGAAGCUCGGAGGCGGUGUUUCAUCAUCGAACAGCUCAAGUUCUACUCAAGAAGUUUCUAGAGAAAACCGACUUCGCGAACUCCAGAAAACUCGCGAUUCAAUCGUGCAAUCCUCUAGUUGUAAAGGUAAAACCGGAGGCGCGGCUCCUGCACUAAGAAAUGCAAAAAAGAGCUCUUCUUCUAGUACUGCAUCUAGCACGGCUUCUACAGCCGCAAUAUCAAAGAACACUGAGAUGGGUUCCUCUCCGGCAUCUUCUCAAGAUUUGUUUGAGAACACUGAGAAGCAGGAGAAGGGGUCAUCUCCAACAUCUUCUCAAGAUUGCCCAGGCCCUGCUGCUGCUCGUUCUGCUGGACCUGGUGCUACUAGUGGAGCUGCUUUAUCACGUGGUGGUGGUCCAACCAAUCCCAAUGGAAGAACAACGACAUCUGCAGGUAAUGCAGUAAAGAGAGCAACAUCAGUCCGAGGGACCGUUUGUACCGCCGCUCAUGGGCCUAACCCUGAGUUGCAAGCAAAACUCGCGAGACAAAGGUCCAAAGCCGAUGGGACGGAGGUGAAGACUAUUUAUUGUAGUUAUCUCUCAUCUUCAACUUCAUCCACGAGCACGACUGUUGAACUUGAAAACAAGUUUUUUAGAAAACUCCUUUUUUUACAACAACACAAUCAAUAGAUAAAGUUCAAGUUGUUAAUAAUGAUCUCAUAAAUUUGUCUAAAAAAAAUAUGGUCCACCUAAUCAAUCUAUCUCCAAAAAAAUAGGUCACCCCACCCGACGCCAAGCAGCUAGAACGAGAUGAGAAGCAAGCAGCGAAGGCUAAGUGCGACCCAUCUUUCGUGGAUCAGAUACAGAGGAUGUGUGAUGCAGGGCAACACAAUCCCAAGAAACUCCUCGAAGACCUCAAGAAUCAACAUGAGACUGAAGUCUCCUCUGCAAAACGAGACAUGGCGAAGAUCGCAGGUUGGCUUUCACAGGGACGCAUCGCAUUUAUGUUUUGAUGUGCUUGUGUAUGUGUUGGAUUCUUACCGCUUUUUUGAUGUUGGACUGUUGAUUCACAUCUUCACAACAUGACCAUAAACAUUCGCGGCCAGUGUUGUACAAACUAGCAAGUUGUACCACAUGCAUCUCUCUCUUAAUAAAAUAUCGAGUUCUUUCGUUAUAUCACACGAUGAAGAACAAAAACUGCUACAACUUCUCGUUGCACUGUUUGAGGGUGAUUCCACUUAGAUGAAGACACACAUUUUGUACACCUCCUUCAUCUCCACCCGCGAAACCGAGAAAACGUUGUUGGACAAGCGCGCAGGCGUUAGAGAUGGACGACUGGCACUGCUAGAUGAAGAGAUCCAAAGAGUACAAAAGAGUCAGUCUGGAUUGGGAGCGGAACUGAUGGGUAUCUUUGCACGUAGGUUUGGCUGAACUGGAAGAAAGAAUGAUCAUGAGAAGGCUGCGGAAGCUCAGAGUAUAAAAAUAUGAUCGUGGAUGGACAAGUACAAGGAGCUUGAUUAUAGGCAGGUGAGGGUCGUGUAUGUCCUCGUCCGUGCUGGGGGUUAAAGAAAAGUUUGAUAGGUUCAGAUUACAACUACCGGGGACGAUUCAACUUCGUCUACGAGUUGUUAUGAAGGAUUUUUUCUUGUGAAGAUAUUUCCCAUUGUUGUUGUUCAUAAAAAGCCCAUUUUUCACGCGAUCGCGCUCGUGAUAAUCUUCUUGAACUACAUACUUACUGAUUAUGGCAGCCUUAGCGCGUUAUUAUAGCAACACGUUAUAAAGAAGAAUAUAGCAACACGUUAUAGCAACACUGCCAUGAGAAUAUUGAUAUCCUGCAGUACAAGAUCCUUAUAUAUACUGUGACUUUUUAUUUUGAUAAUCAUCCUCCACAUCCACUUAAGCUUAAACUUAUUUCAUCGUUGCACGAGCAGGGGCAACGAACAUCAGUAUGAGUUGUUCCAAAUAAGAGUAUCGUCAGUGUCCUCCUCUAGGUGUCUAUUUCGCACUACAUAUACGAGUAGAUUCAUAUUUCAAAAAAUACAUCUGCAAUUUUGGUGUCAUUUCGUUUCUUGUUGUGUGAUCGCUGAAUCCUCAUACAUAUUUCCUGCAGUUCUAGUAUGUGAAGAUAAUUUUUAGAUCAUGGUCCUCAUAACAUGACCGACGAGACCGUGGUGAGAGCACAAGCUUUCUGAAAUAUUUCAUCUCCUCAUACCAUGAUCUUCUUGCUGAGGAAAUAUGUAUACAGGGUUAUCACUCAGUGUAUGAUAAAGGAUAGGCAUAAUUCUAAGCGACAACAUAAGUAGAUCUCAUUACAAUGACAUCAUGUUUUUACUGUCUUGACAUGCUAUUUGGUUGCUUCCAAAAAUUAUCAUUCAUCAUGUUAUUCUACAUGCUUUGUCGUAAUAUCUUCCGUUCGUGAAAAUGAACACACAUCACUUUCUCAUUUAGUGUCUUGACCAGGCGGGUGAACGCAUCAUGUUGAGUUGUAUUCAAGGAUGUUAUCACUUUUGUUCUCUAUUUCUCUCAUCUGCUUCAUUUCUUCGUCUCCGAUUUCAAGAGACCCACCUUGUUUAUC